CCUCAAACAAUUUAUCCUUAUCAACCUAUAAUUACAAGAAUAGCAUCAAUAUUAGCAGAUGAAUUAAAUGAAAGAUUAAUAUAUUUACUAUUUAAGCGACAAAUUAAGAAAGGUGUAUUAGAUGAUAUCUAUGAUGGAAAAUAUCGAAGUGAAAAUUUUAUCCUUGCUGGCAUCAUACCUGGUCCAAAAGAACCAGAUACAAGUCAAUUGCAAAAUUAUUUUCAACCUAUAGUCAAUGAACUAAAGCAACUUUGGAGUGGUCAAUUAUUUAAAACUGCCUUAUAUCCAGUUGGGCAUAUGUUUCGUUGUGCAUUAAUUCAAAUUGCAUAUGAUAUACCAGCUGCACAUAAGGUUACAGGAUUAGCCCUGCAUUCUUCAAAACAUGCAUGCAGCAAAUGGACUUCCAAACUUGAUUAUUCCAAUUAUAUUCAAGAUGAUCUAUCAUUGACAAAUGCUAAACAUCAACAAAUAGCAUUUCAAUAUAAAAUUAGUACAAGCAAACGUAUAAUUCAACAUGCAUGGAUGAAUGAGAAUUCACCAAAACUUGGUAUUAAGCAGCUUUAUGAAAUCCAAAAUCUAAUUGAUUCAACUCCUUUAUUUGCUGAUAUGGGACAUAUAAACUUUAAAAUUACGUUGAGUUUUGAUACACUCACAGCGGAUCAAUGGAAAACAUAG